CUUUUUACCAUUGAUUUUCCAUUUCACCAUCUUAUUGUUUUCCUUCUCCCUGCAGCCGGCCCACCCUCAACUGUUCUCUUCCGGUGACGGUGCUCCUCCGACGACCUCAGACAGCAGCGGCCGGCGUUCUGCAGCUUCCCCAAAUGCAGCGACUCCACGGCAGCACGAUUGAAGCGGUAUCUGCCCGAGCACAGAUCUGCGAAAAAACAACCCGUGCGUGAGCUUCCCUAGUGGCGCGACCUAACGACGCAACCUAAAAAAAGAUAUCAUUUUUGUCAAAAAUCCAUAUUGAAAGUUAUGAUCAAAUGAUAUUUAAACUAAAAAAAGAAAUAAACAAAAAGAGUAGAGCUGUUUUGGGGUGAAUGAGCGGMAUGAUGGAGGCAAGAGAASUGGACGAAGCAGUGAAGGUGUUAGAUUCUUCUCUUCGUCAAAUCAAAUGGCGUCUCAAAUUCCCAGCGAAGCGUCGCCUUGAAAUAGAUGUCUUAGCUUUGUGUACAGGAAUGAGACCAGUUGUAAUGAUAGACUAUGGCGGAAAGAUGCCUGAACUGCAAGAGCGGCUUUGUGCUCUUCUAAAACUGAUGCAAAAG